AUGGAAGCUCCCGACCGUCUUCAGUGCACCGACGUCGGUGCGCUGGCAGAGCGGCUGCGGGACCCCCAGAAGGGGGUGUCGGUCCAAGACAGGCGCUACUUCUUUCGCACCUACCCCAAGACCUUUGUCGGCUCUGAAAUGGUGGACUGGGUCUACACCAACGUGGUGGGCCUACGCAGGCGCAAGGACGCGGUCGAGAUAUGCCAGCAGCUGAUGGACACUGGUCUCUUCCGUCCGGUCAGCAGCCGCAGGCAGGGCAAGCCCUUCUAUGAUGCGUCGGUCCUGUACCGCUUCACGGUGGACUUCACUGGCGGCGAGUGCGACGAAGAUGAAGACGACAGCGACAUUCUCGGGGAGAAUAACAAGAUCUCGUCCGACCAGCUUGAUGACGUCCUUGUGGCGUUCGCCAGCGGCAUCGAAGUCAAGAAGAGGCGACACUUCUUGCGCUCGUAUGACCACUGCUUUGUUGGCUCUGAGGCUACGGACUGGAUCGUAGACAAGUUCAACGUCUCCCGCGUGCAAGCCGUCGAACUGGGCCAGAAAAUGCUGGGCAUGGGCUUCUUCGAGCACGUCAGCGACCAGAACAAGCCCUUCGAAGACGCCAACGAGUUCUACCGCUUUGUGGACACCGAAGCGGCCGGACCGCAAGUCACCGAGAAUACCACUCUGUACGACUUCAACGCUCUCGACAUCGACAAGAAUCCGGUCUCGCUCAGCGAGUUCUCCGGUCGAGUGUUGGUGGAGACUCAUGGAGCAUCGGGAUUCACCGUUCUGGGUUUCCCGUGCAAUCAAUUCGGCAAGCAAGAGCCGGGCACGAACGAUGAGAUCAAGGAGUUCGUCAAGAAGUUCAACGUCACUUUCCCUCUGUUUGACAAGGUUAACGUGAAUGGACCUCAGGCCCACCCGCUCUUCAAGUGGCUCAAGGACGAGCUCCCCGGAUCCCUGGGCAUCAAGGGCGUGAAGUGGAACUUCACCAAGUUCUUGAUCAACAAGCAGGGAAAGCCUGUCCAGCGCUACGGCCCGCCGACCGACCCCAAGUCCAUCGAGAAGGACAUCCUCACCCUGAUGGAGAAGGACUCCCUCUAG